ACCCUGGUUACGUGGCUGCCGUUCGGCGAAUGGGCCUGUCGAGGCCCGGGGCCGCAGGAUGGGCAGAGCUAAGCACAGAGUUGUCGAUAUCAAAAGCAGGCGGCCCUGAGUCACACUUUCAGCAAUGUGUACCUUUCGACUCGAGAUGUGACGUUCACUUGCUCAGAGCGUAGUGCAGAAGCUGCGUGGUCAAGUCCCUCCUCUCUACCAGUUGUGUCUUUACCAUAUGGCGAGAGUUUGUUUUUCCUGUUUGCUCCCUGCAUCGAGGCACUUCAGUGCCUCGCCCAUAAUCUUCACGACCAGGCAGAAGGUGGCAUUGGCCGGUGCCACCGUGGCAUUUUGUUUGGUCUUUCUUCUUAUUUUCAUGGAAUAUCAGCAUUGGAGACCACAACUCAAGGACAAAGAGCUGGAAAGGUACAUGGCCAGAAUCGAAGACAUGGAACCUACAGAUACCAAUGACGCUGCGCUAAACUAUGGGGUGGUGAUAGACUGUGGAAGCAGUGGAUCCCGGGUGUUUGUGUACUUUUGGCCUCGCCACAAUGGAAAUCCCCACGAUCUCCUCAACAUCAGGCAGAUGAAGGACAAGAACAGGACUCCAGUGGUGAAGAAAAUCAAACCAGGUAUCUCAUCCCUGGCCUCUGCCCCAGAUAAAACCAUGAAUUAUCUGCGUCCCCUCCUACACUUUGCCGCUGACCAUGUCCCAGUUGCAAAACACAAAGAGACACCAUUGUACAUCCUGUGUACAGCAGGCAUGAGACUUCUACUAGAAAGUCAACAGGGUGCCAUUCUCCAGGAGCUCUGCACAAACGUGCCUAUCGAAUUUGACUUCCUGUUUUCUGAGUCGCAUGCUGAAGUGAUAUCUGGCAAACAAGAAGGGGUCUAUGCCUGGAUUGGAAUCAACUUUGUCCUUGGACGGUUUAACCACAUUGAAGAUAAUAAUGAUACCCAUGAUGCUGUGACUGUGUCCAGCAAUCCCAAGAAAGCUUCUGUCAUUCGCAAACGGACGGUGGGCAUACUCGACAUGGGCGGUGCUUCUCUUCAAAUAGCUUAUGAGGUGGCAAACCCUGUGGUCUUUGCCUCACCGGCGCAGGAAGAAGCUGCGAAAGGUUUACUGGCUGAAUUCAACCUUGGUUGUGACGUUCAUCAUACUGAACAUGUGUACAGGGUUUAUGUAAGCACCUUCCUCGGAUAUGGUGGAAAUUAUGCUCGACAGCGCUACGAGGACCUAAUUUUUAAUAAUAUUACGACUGCAAACAGAUUGCUUGAACAGCACAUCGGUAUCAGUGCAGAGCGCCCUUACCUCGAUCCCUGUCUGUCCCUUGAAACAGUCGAUACCAUUCAGGACGAACAGAUUUUGCACUUGAAAGGAGUCGGGGACUUUGACGAGUGCUGCGAGCGAAUCAAACCAUUCCUGGGCAAAGGGAAUGAGACCAACACUUCCUUCAGUGGGGUUUAUCAGCCUCCUAUUGAUUUCCAUAACAGUGAAUUCUACGGUUUCUCUGAAUUUCAUUAUUGCACUGAAGAUGUCUUGCGCAUGGGAAGUCAAUACGAUGGCGUCAGGUACGCAAAAGCAGCCAAGGAUUAUUGUGCUACCAAUGGACAACCUUAAAAGAAGCGAUUUGACCUCAAUCUGUUUUCAUCUCAUGCAGACCUGAGCAGAUUAAAGUAUCAGUGUUUUAAGUCUGCGUGGGUGUAUGAGGUACUGCACAGUGGUUUCGACUUUCCAGCUGACUAUUCCAACUUGAAGACAAUCAAGUUGGUCAAUGACAAGGAAAUACAGUGGACGCUGGGAGCAAUUCUUUACAAGACCCGUUUCUUACCUCUGCGGGAUCUGCGAAAAGACGCCAUCAAAACGAGUCAUUCCAGCUGGCUGCGAGUCUCCUUCGUCUACAACCACUACCUGUUCUUUGCCUGUUUCUUCGUGGUCCUACUGGCCAUCAUCCUGUAUGUGCUGAGGCUCCGACGCAUUCACAAGAGGGCACAGCAGGAGCUGCAAUGGUUGCAAGAGGCCGAGCCAAUGACUGAGGGGUCAUGAUCAGCCCAGGCGAGAUGUAGCAAACCUUUCAGAACGGAAAAAGAAUGCCCCUGAAUCACGCAUUGGAAGGAACCGCAGAUGCUGGUUUACACUUCAUGUUCAGAGAACCAGAAGGGUUCCGACCCAAAACAUCACCUAUUUUUCUCCAGAGAUGCUGCCUGACCCGCUGAGUUACUCCAGCAUUUUGUGUCUUACCCCAGAAUCAUGCGUUGGCUUUUGUUUGACUGAGAAACACUUCAGCGUCAUCUUUGCCACAGUGAACUGUGGUUUAUGUGGAGGGCUUGGAUGUACAGGCCUUUGGGACGUAUCAGGUAUUUAUGUUCAUUCUAAAGUCUACAACUUCUGUUGGAUGACCCAAGACCUGUUCUCAUCUUCUCUUUGAAUUUGGAACCAGUAGCAAUGCAAUAUGCAUCUUUCUUUUCAUAUAUCACAUGCAUCCGAGGUGUUAAGUUAUAUAUGUGUUCUGUAGAGAUUAAUUGGGCACUAUCUGUGGUCCUUCUCUGUCGUCUUCCAAUAUACAUAAUGUGAUGGGAUAGUGAUGAACGUAAUUUGGCAAAUAGUGAUUUUCUGUUUCGUCUUUUGGCAUUCAUUUCCACUCUUAAACUCAAAGAUAUUCACCCAGUGCAUCCUAAGUAUGGUGGGAAAGUGACAUCUAACAAAAUAUAUGCUUAACUCAAGCUUGAAACUAUAAGCCUGAAGGAGUAUGAAGACGGGUCCUCACCCAAAACUUUGCUUCUCCAUGUCCUCCAAAGAUUCUGAGUGAACCCAGAAUGUUGUGUUUUCUGCAAGAUUCCAGCAUCUGCAGUUCCUUGUGUCUCCAUUGAACCCACUAUCUUCUGAUACAAUGGACAUUCCUACCAGCUGAGCCAAAUUCCCAUUCCAAAGUUACCUCGGGUCAAGUCUCUAUAAGUGUGAGGCUCCAAUGCAAAAACCACUUUGUGCAGAUAAAAUCAAGGAAAUCCACAGAUGCUUUCCAUUGCUGGGAUUGGUGAACCUCAAGCCUUAUCCACUGAACUGUCCUGCUCAUGGUCUGAGGGAAUGCAAAACAAAAGACUGAAUUGUGGAAGAUGAUCCAAACCUACCGAUGCACAUUCAAUAAUCCACCAGAAUUGGUGACAACCAAAAAGGGAAUGUUUCCAUGGAAAACACAAAAUGCUG